GCCCCUCCCCCUCCAAGGGAAUAAAAGCCGCGGGCUCGCCAUCGCCGCGCACGCAGCCUGAUAAAUUCAACCUGCUUGGAAGAGCUUCAGUAGCCGCGAAUCUUCUGCCUCCUCGCGUUCGCAGUGCCCACUGGAGCCCAUCACUAUCCUACCCACGACGUGCUGCACCGCAUCCGCAGCCAUGUGCCGGACCUUGUCCGCCUUCCCCACCACCUGCUUGGAGAGAGCCAAAGAGUUCAAGACACGGCUGGGGAUCUUUCUUCACAAAUCAGACCUGGGCUCCGAUAACGGGAGUGUUCGCAAGUUUGAAUGGAGCAGUAAACACUGCAAAGAGGGAAGCUUUUCAGAAGAUGUGCUGAGAUGGAGAGAGUCGUUUGACUUGCUACUGAGCAGCAAAAAUGGAGUGGCUGCCUUCCAUGCCUUCCUGAAGACGGAGUUCAGCGAGGAGAACCUGGAGUUCUGGCUGGCCUGUGAGGAGUUCAAGAAGACCCGCUCAGCCACCAAGCUGGCCUCCCGGGCUCACAGGAUCUUUGAGGAGUUCAUCCGCAGCGAAGCUCCCAGAGAGGUUAACAUAGACCAUGAGACCAGGGAGCUGACCAGGACGAACCUGCAGGCUGCCACGGCCACAUGCUUCGAUGUGGCUCAGGGGAAGACACGCACGCUGAUGGAGAAGGACUCCUACCCACGCUUCCUGAAAUCGUCUGCUUACCAGGACCUGGCUAGCCAAGCCUCGGCCAUCAAUGCCUCUCCGUCCAACUGCAGCCCGGCUGAGCCCUUAUACACCUGAGCCUCAUGGCAGUGAGGAGCCAGCCGGAAAAAGAGAUUGAGUCACCCAGCCCUGAGGCAGCCGCCCCUGUGUGGGAGGCAGGUUCUGCAAAGCAUGCGAAGUGAAGGGACAGUGAAGGAAAAAGCUGUUCUUGUUUUGGAAGCAACAGCCGCUCUUCCAGAUACUGUGGGACUGAAUUUCAUGCAUGAGAGGGGCCCCCCCGCCCCAACUCCAGGACUUCUGGAUAAGGGGUGAAGAUGCUGGUUGUGUGGAGCUCUUUGGGGAAAGGAAUGGUGGUGCAAGAGUUAUCACUGGCUCUUGCCAUUCUCAAAGGGGCAAGAAAUAUCCCAGGGUGGUUUGGGAAAGCUGUGAAUAAAGGGAGAUGUGAAAAUGAGACAGGAAAAGACAACCAGAUCAGCUGUUUUGCCUGUUGAACAGUUGACUGAUCACAUCCUGUUUUCCCGAUUCCCGGACUGUCCAGGGCACAGGAAGCAGACAUGGAUGUGGACCCUUCCCAUUCUGUCCACCUUGCCCUCCUCUGGGAGGCCCCAGGGCCCAUUUGCUUGUACUUCUUAACACUUGUCCAGCCUCACAGCCUUGUCAAGACCAGGGAACCAGUGUGAUACCUGCCCCAAGUGAGAUGUUUAUACCUCAAAAACUGGCCUUUGAGCCCCUUUCCAUGUCCGUAGAGAGCUCUGCCAAGAAGCCAUCUUGCUCAUGUGAAAUUAAUCUUGGUGCUCUUGGGGACCUCGCAGGUGGGCCGUGACCCUGUGUUUGCAGCAGGGCCCACCUGUGAGCGGGGCCUGCUGAGGGCCUCUUGCUGGGAUGUGUCCUCUCUGUUAGGUUCUGCCCUUGAAUGUGGGGCCCCUGAAGAGAAAGGUGUGGGGCUUCUGGGUGAGUGGCCAGUCAGCUUUCAUGCGUGGCAGUGUGGAGAGAAGGAGAAAACAAUCCUAAGAAACAAAUCCCGCAAGUCCUGUUUAAUUAAGCCGAUAUUUUUUGUGUGAGUAUGAGAACAGGGAAAAAGAGGCACCCCAAGAUGGGGAGGGGGGCAGAGCCUCGUGUUUCCUUCCUGUGGAUGUGAGGUGCACUUCCUGGAGUGUGGGGAGAGAUGGGGCAGGGACCACAAUGACCCUUGGAUAGACCACGGAAGCUGGGAGCAAAGCUGCGGGGAGAGGCUGCUUGGAAGAGCAGGACCAGGGGAAAUCAGAACCUGCCUGUCACCUCGGGGCAUCCCCGAACAAACAUUCUGAGGUGGAACUUGUCCAGGAGCCCAGGCUGGGGAGGGGAAUGCACCCGGCAGCCUCCUUGUGCCCUAGCAAAAUCACCCCUGUUCUCGCUGCACUGUAAGCUCCUCCAGGAGAAAAUUAUUUAAGUAUAACGUAUUGUGCGUUUUGUGACGCUUGUCAUAGCAUAUUCUAUUUGUUAGCGUUGGUAUUGUUGCUGUUAUUUAUUAUUGUAACUUUAGCUUGCCUCGACCAGAGAAUCUCAACAGGAGCUGGCAGCCUGUCUCCCUUCUCUCCACCAGGCUCUACCUCUGAACGUGCUGGGAACCUCUUGGCGCCUGUCAGGAUCUCCUCACUGUUUAAAUAUUUAUUUAUUGUUGACAACUGGAGCUGGUUUCCGAGAUGUGAAUGAUGUACUCAACCCCCAUUUUUCCUGUUUCAGCAUGUUAUAUUCUUGUAAAAUAAAAAUAAAAUCCAAAUAUGAGA